AUGGGAGAAACCGUGCAUAACGACGUCAUCUAUGUGGCGGUGAAUCAAGAUGUUCGAGAAAGUAAAUUAACUUUGUUAUGGACAUUGAAGACUCUUCCCGUGAAGAAGCUCUGCCUUCUUCAUGUUCAUGUUCCAUUCUCGCUAAACUCUUCUUCAUGUGGGCUUGAUGAAAGUGAGAUCAAUGCAAUCCAAGAAUCAGAGCUGAAAUCUUCAUAUGACAGCCUCUACAAGUACCGUGAUCUCUGUACAAACAAAGGGGUUGAUGAAGAGGAUGUGGAUAUAUCAUUGAUAUCAGGAUAUGGUGUGGGUGAAGGGAUUGUGGAACUCAUCUAUCAAAACAACAUCAGGAAGCUCGUUAUGGGAGCAGCAGCUGAUCCUCACUAUUCCAGGGGAAUGUCUAUCACAUCUAGAAAAGCAGAGUAUGUGAGUCAACAUGCACCUGAUUGCUGUAAAAUGUGGUUGAUCUGCAAAGGGAAACUCAUCCAAAAAAGAGAAGGAAGUUUCGGCAUUGGGAAUCCAUCAGAUUCGUUCUCAGAAUUCGAAGGUUUUGCUCAGAAACCAAGCAAAGAAAGAGGAAGGGAUGAUGACGAAACCGAUUCAGAACGGAUUAGAAAAACUGAAGAAGAACCAAAGAGAGCAAAGAAAGAAGAUGAGGAGACAAAAAUAAAGGACAGCGAAGCAGACACGAGUCCAUGUCCCGAAGAUUUCAUUUGUCCCAUUUCAAUGGAGAUAAUGAGAGAUCCUCAUGUGGCUGCUGAUGGAUUCACUUACGAGGAAAAGGAAAUAAGAAGGUGGCUAAAUGAAGGGAAUAAUAAGUCGCCAAUCACAGGAGUUAGGCUCGCUCAUCUCCAUCUUACCCCUAACUUCACUCUUCGCUCACUCAUCAAGGACUGGCUCCAUCACCACCCGAAUUAUAGAUAUUGAUUAAUCAUAUAUAUACUCCCAUAGAUAUAUAAUUAAGAUGUCAGACUUUGUUGUGAAGUUUGGGAAUUGCUCUGUAAGAAAAGUAAAGUAUGUACAAUAAAAAACUUCAUGUGUUCACCGUUUUGAUACAUGACUAUUUAUGAAAGCAUCAGUUUUGUUUG